ACUCCUUCAACCACUGGCCAUACAUUUUUAGAGACACCUAGGAACACGUCCAAAUUGCAGGCUGCAGCGACAAUGCUAGGCCAGUGCCGUUUCGCGUUCUAUUCUGAUGUCAAACCGUGCUCAAGGCGCCUAAUGCAGCUUCAAAACCAGAUGGAAGCCCGGGAAGCCAUGGGUCUUCCACGAUAGCCAUUUGCACGUCUAGACUGUCGUUUGCUUGAGACGAACGAUUCUUUCGGUUUUUCCUUGCUGUCUUUUCCUAGAGUCUAUUUCCUGCUGUCGAUCGUUUCUCUCAUAUUCAUUCAUACCCUCUUUCUCCGUGUCAAACAUUUACUACUCUCGUUCCAACGUGCAAGAGCGCGUCUUCUUUGACCGUCCUUCUUUCAAAAUUUUCGUUUCUUUGAUUCCAUAGCUGUCUCAACGAUGGCUAUCUUUUCCAUGUAUUUGCUGCUGGCAGCUUGCUCCACUUCCGUAAUCGCAGGGCCGGUCCCUCAAAAUAUUAGAAGGCAACUCUUCACUAGCUAUUUCAAUACUUCGUCGACAACUUCUUCGACCACCGAAGUCAUUCAAGCCUCCAAUUCGGCUGUACACAUCUCCACAGUGCCCACCUUUUCUGCGAGCAAAGUGACGCUGUCCACGCUCCUUGCAAAAGCAUCUUCACUAUCAUUGUCGAGCCCUGAGCCACCUGUUUCAACCGGGCAGUCCGUUGAAGCAAACACUGCACUCGUUGUUGAACCUAUACAGCAAACAGUCUUCACGCAUAUAAUACCAGCUAUUACGUUUCAGAACCCAGCCGGGGAACCACUCGUCACCGAGGAUCCCCAAACCGUCUUGUCUACCUCUUACAUUACGCCUACACCUGCACCUACAACAGAAAAGAGCUCAGCGACAGCGCUCACGCCCUCAACGACACCAAGCCCAACAACGACAUCUACUGGGAGCAGCACGAUCCCAUUUUCGAGUAACAGCAUCCCAGUAGCAUUGUCAAGCUCAGUCGCAGCGGUCGAAAAUGGCACAGCGAGCGGAACAAGCCAGCGGGCACCAUUGUUCACGUACUCACCUGAAGGAGAGGAGACAGGAGCACCGCUCGCGUCUCCAACACUCAUAUCUUCCUCAGCCUCUACGACAAGUAAGAAACCCGGACCCAGCUCCGGAAACCUGCCAGGAUUCAACCACCCUGGCUCUGCAUCUCGAAGCGUACAAGCUACAAGCAUUGCUGCCAACUCAACGAUCGCAAGCAGCUCUGCUAUCACUAUCCCUAAGAGCUCAGCACAACCAAUUUCGCCGUCGAGCUCAAGUGCCUCACCAACGGCAAGCCCUACUCCAGUGUUUACAUCGGCAAAAGCAAACUCAACUACACGGAUUUUCGUCACAAAGACCGAAUAUACCACUAUCCACCGAUCAAGUACGCCAUCUGUACCACACGCAUCCCCUCUGGAUUCAGCCGUGCCAACAGAAGCCCAGAACAGUCUGUCAGCGCAACAAUCCAGCUCAAAAGUCGAUGCUAUACCUACACAAUCGACUAAAUCUGGAGGUCCAGCCGCGCGUUCUUCCAGUUCCGCGGCUGCAGCUCUUCCAACAACACCGUUAGAGCUACCACCUGUUGUAAUUGUUACGCAGUAUACUACGGUCACGCCGACACCUCAGACUCAGCUCAGUGUUCCAGCGUCAUCGUCGUCAUCAUUACACGCAGUUCCAUCGUCGUCAUCAAGAAUAGCGGAGCCUAUACCUAGUCCUCCUAUAGAAUCCCCAUCUGCUAAGCCAACUGCUUCAUCGAGCCCACCAAACGCUCCAGCACAGCCUUCCUCUACCACCAAUUCAUCCCCACCCGCCGUAAACUCUUCAUCCACUACAAAGGCCGCUCAACCACCGCCAGCACCCACUGAGAAACCUCCUGCACCCGUGCCUGAGCCCGUACCCUCCUCGACAUCAGAAGGUCCGCUUAUCAUCACGCCGAUUGCUCCGAGUCAGAUAUUUACCGUGACUGUUACUACGACGGAGAAGGAGACUGUUAGAGAGACUACGACCGUAACUGUGACGGCUUAGCUUAAUAUACCGUUAUGCAGAAGGAAGUGUAUGACGAAGGGGCCGCCGGGCUAACUGUAAUUAAUUCGAAGUAGAAUACCAAGGCAAACCAAACUGAUAGCAGCCCGUCCGGUACAUAGUUAGAUAAUCAAUUUUAUAUUUAGACGACAUUCUCUUG